UCCAUGGUCACACCAUUUGUGUUUUCUAUUUCUUCUUCCUCUCAUAAUUAAUAUCUUUCUCUUUGUGUGUGCAAAAAUUAAGAGAUGUUAGAUAGAUUGAGGAAGAAGAGGUAUGCAAUUUUAAUGUGUGGAGAGGAUUCAGAGUAUUUGUUGAAAAGACAUGGAGGUUGUUAUGGUUUCUUUACAAAAAUGUUGGCUGAGGAAGGAGAAACAUGGGAUCUUUACAAAGUUGUUAAUCAAGAGUUUCCUGAGGACGAUGAUGUUGAUUUCUAUGAUGGUUUUGUCAUCACUGGAAGCUGCAAAGAUGCACAUUCCAAUGACCCUUGGAUCCAUCAACUACUCACUCUUGUUCACACAUUGAAUUCACUCAACAAAAAAAUCCUUGGCAUUUGCUUUGGCCACCAGAUAAUUGGGCGUGCAUUGGGAGGGAAAGUGGUACGUUCUGCUGCAGGUUGGGACAUAGGUGUCUCAACCAUCAACUUGUUACAAUCAUCAUCAUCAUCUCUCAAUUUGCCAUCAAAACUUUCACUAUUCAAAUGCCACCGAGAUGAGGUUCUAGAUUUGCCUGCUGAAGCAGAGGUAAUUGGUUGGUCAGAAAAGACUGGAAUUGAGAUGUUUAGGUAUGGAAAUCACAUGUUGGGCAUCCAAGGCCACCCUGAAUUCAACAUUGACAUCUUUCUUCACUUUAUAGACCGUAUCACUAACCGUAAUUUAAUCCAGGAAGCUUUUGCUUCGGAUGUAAAGAUGAAGGCAACAUUACGAGAUCCAGACACAGAUGCAUGGAAAACACUUUGUCUCACAUUUCUUAAAGGUCAAUUAUGACCUAGUAACAAAAUAUUCUGCUGUAAUUUUUUUUUUACUAAAAAUUUCAGCUGUAAUUGUUAUUAUUUGACAAUAAUAAAAAGUGACAUUUCUUAAAUAUAAUACUAUUAUGAUCGAGUAACCCAAUAUUCAA